CCAAAAUCUGUCACGUGAUCACAACGUUGUUGCAAUGGCGGAGGACAAAGAUGUGAUUGAGAAGACCAUCGCCGAAGACUUGGUCGUAACCAAGUAUAAAAUGGCUGGGGAGAUCGUUAACAGGGUCCUCAAGCAGGUUAUUGACAAGUGCGUCGUGGGGGCUUCCGUUCGCGAAAUAUGCGAAUUUGGCGAUCGUCUCCUUCUGGAUGAAACCAGCAAGGUUUUUAAGAAGGAAAAGGACCUCAAAAAGGGAAUUGCUUUUCCCACAUGUAUCUCUGUUAAUAAUUGCAUUUGUCAUUUUUCGCCUGUACCAAGCGAACCUGACUAUACAUUAAAAGAUGAAGAUUUAUGUAAAGUUGAUUUAGGUGCUCACAUCGACGGUUUCAUUGCCGUAGUAGCACAUACAAUAGUUUUGGGUGCCUCAACAGAUAAUAAAGUCACGGGAAGAAAAGCUGAUUGUAUCACAGCGGCACAUUACGCCUCUCAGGCCGCAUUACGACUCUUAAAACCCGGCCAUGAUUCAUACGCAGUCACCGAUGUCAUUCAAACUGUCGCAGAAUCGUUUAAAUGUAAACCAAUUGAAGGUAUGUUAAGUCACCAACUGAAACAGUUCAAAAUCAACGGUGAAAAGACGAUUAUUCAAAAUCCGAGCGAUGCUCAAAGGAAAGAACACGAAGAGUUUGAAUUCGAUAAACAUGAAGUUUAUGCGAUGGAUGUUUUGGUUAGUACUGGAGAAGGGGUCGGAAAAGAAGCUGACGCGAGAGUUUCAAUUUAUAAAAAAACCGACGAAGUUUAUCAAUUAAAAUUGAAAGCAUCAAGGAUGUUUUAUUCGGCCGUUAGGACGAAGCACGGAAAUAUGCCGUUCAAUUUGAGAAGUUUCGAGGAAGAAACUAAGGCGAAAUUGGGCGUUGUCGAAUGUGUUAAUCAUAAAUUGAUCGAACCAUUUCAAGUGCUUUAUGAAAAAACGGGUAAAUAUAAAAUUAAAUUAAAUAUACAGGUGUUUCUGUCAGUUGUGGCAUAAUUUUAAUCGCAAAUA